ACAAUUGGAAACCGGAAGCACUUGUAUCCUCUCCUCCCAGGCAAGAACAGCACAGCGGUCGUGUUGUGGCGAUUAACACGCUCCAUUCAGGGACACAGCCCCUGUUUUAAACCUUCACGGGGUUUCAGAAGGCCUUUGCCACCAUGACGCCCCUCCUCCUGAAGCGCCUGGCUACCUCCCUGACUCGCCAAGUGGCCCAGAUGAGCCGGUUAAAUCUGACCUCACCAGCAGCUGGUGCUUACAGAUGUCUCUGCACCCUCACCACAGCUCCCCGCACACUGCUCCUGUCAUCAGCCAGAAUCAGCUCCAUCCAGCCGCCCUUGCCUGCCUCUUCUGCUCACUGUGGGCCGUCUCUGUUGGGACAGUGUCAGCAUCUCCCCUGUGUCCAGCCCUCUGCAGGGAUGAAAACCAAGUCUGCCUUGAAGAGGCGAUGCAAAGACUGUUUCUUUGUUCGGCGGAGGGGACGUUUGUUUGUGUUCUGCAAGACAAAUCCGAGACACAAGCAGAGGCAGGGCUAAAAUGUUGAUUUAGAAGAUUUCUUUGAAAUUGUAGAUAUUUACAAGAACUGUGCUGCAUUAAUAAAUUGUUUCGCUUAAGAAUGUG